AUGGCGUCCUCCAGCAGUCUCCUGUCUGAAGAUCAGUUCCAGUGCUCCAUCUGUCGGGAUGUGUUCACUGAGCCAGUCUCCAUUCCAUGUGGACACAACUUCUGCAAGGCCUGUAUCAGUGGAUACUGGGAUACCACUAGCCUGUGCCAGUGUCCAAUGUGUAAGCAUAGUUUCUACAUAAGACCAGAGCUAAAGACCAACACGACACUCAGAGAUGUUGCAGAUCAUUUUAAGAGGAAGAGAGUCAGAGAUGAAUCUCUUCACAGGGCUGGGAAAGGGGUCUGUGACGUCUACAUGGAGAACCUGGAGGACAGAAUCAUGUGUAAGAAACACAACACACUCCUUGAGCUGUUUUGUAGAACUGACCAGAUGUGUGUUUGUCAGUUCUGUAUUGAGACAGACCACAAGACUCACCACAUCGUCCCUCUAGAGGAAGAGUGUGGAGAGAGGAAGGCUCAGCUGAGAAAGACAGAGGCACAAGUGCAGCAGAUGAUCCAGGAGCGAAUGCAAAAGGGUUGGGAGAUCAAACAUUCAGUAGAGCUCAGCAAGAGAGAUGCAGAGAGAGAGAUAACAGACAGCCUGCAGGUCUUCACUGAUCUGGUGCGCUCCAUUGAGAGAAGCCAGGCUGAGCUCAUUGAGGAGGUUGAGGAGAAGCAGAAAGCAGCAGAGAGGCAGGCUGAAGGGUUCAUUAAAGAGUUGGAGCAGGAAAUUAAUGAGCUACUGAGGAGAAGCACUGAGCUGAAGCAGCUCUCACACACUGAGGACCACCUUCACCUCCUCCAGAGCUCCCCAUCCCUAUGUACCCCUCCAAAUGCCAAGAACUGGUCUGAGAUCAGUAUUCACACUGAGCUGAUGAAUGUGAUGAGAGUUUUGAGGAGCUCUGUGUCGGAGCUGGAGGAGAAGACGAGGAAAGCAUUUUCUGAGCUUAUGGAAAAAUGCAAUAAAGCAAUGGAGAAGUUUCCUGAUAAGCUGAAGAUUCCUGACAAUCUGAAGAUUCCUGACAAGCUGAAGAUUCCUGAUAAGCUGAAGAUUCCUGACAAUCUGAAGAUUCCUGACAAGCUGAAGAUUCCUGACAAUCUGAAGAGGAUGCAGCAGUAUGCAGUGGAUGUGACUCUGGACCCUGAUACAGCAAAUCCCUUUCUCGGUCUGUCUGCGGAUGGGAAACAAGUGAGUAUUGGACAGACAUGGAACGUUCGCCCUGAAAACCCAAAGAGGUUUGUUAGUCGAUGUAUCCUGGGAAAGGAGGGCUUCUCCUCAGGGAGAUUCUACUAUGAGGUGCAGGUGGAGGGGAGGACUUGCUGGGAGUUAGGAGUGGCCAGAGAGUCCAUUAAUAGGUCAAUUGAGAGGACACACUUAGAGGUUAUGUUAAAUUCAGGGCUUCCACUGACCCCUGAGGGUGGAUUCUGGACAGUGGGACAGAAAUAUAAUACUUAUAGGAGUACCUAUGAGGCCAACACCUCUCCUUCUGUAGUCCUCACCUUGAAAAAUCCCCAGAAGGUGGGGGUGUUUGUGGAUUAUGAGGAAGGUCAGGUGUCCUUCUAUAAUGUGGAGACCAAAGUUCAUAUCUUCUCUUUCACUGGCUGCAACUUCACUGAGAAACUCUAUCCAUUCUUUGACUGUGGGUUUUAUGAUAAUAACGAUCAAGCAUUGAUCAUCUGCCCUGUCAGUCAUACAGACUGAAUUAUGGCACAUUAAAGUUACAGGGCACAAUACUAAGGCUGGGAUUCAAUAUGAAACCUCGCUAUAGUGGGCUUGACAUUUAAAGGUCAUUUCCAAUUGACUACUCGACAUCUGUAGUUUUUACCUUGAAUGCGAACUCCAUGAACGCGGUAACAUUGCCUUUAAAAGCCACAUUGCCGAAUAGAGCCAUCUUAUUGAUUCCCAGCCUUAAUACAUUGUUCUGCCUAAUAGUAGCCCUGCCACUUGGUUUGCUAAAGCUGAGGGAUGGCCUGGAGAAAUGUAACCACUCUCAAAUUCAUAGAUUGACUGACAGUUCAUAAGAUCACAAUUAUAGUAUUCAACUUAUUUUGAAGCUGAGCAUUGUUUGUUGACAAAUAAAUUGUUUACAAACAGUGGAAUAUUGACAUCAGGGCUUGGUCACACUUUAUUUGGA